AUGGAGACGCAUCCUAUCACAAGAGCUGGACGUACUGUGUCUGAACUCCUGGAGGACUCUGGGAAUUGUAGAUGGAUCAUCAACCAGGAGCUGAACCUUCAUCUUCUCAGUGACUCUCUCUUUAGUGAGCAGCAGAAGCUGAGGCAUGUGUUGGACUGGGCUCAACGUUUCCUCAGUAGUGGGUCAGAGGUUCACCACGAGUUCUGCAGAGCUGACAGCUUGACAUUGGCCGAUGAAGAGCGGAGGAAUACACAGAAAAAAUCACCUGCAUAUAAGCAUUCAUCUGCCGCUAAAUACUAUCAUCCUGUCUCCAGUACCGCAGGUGUCAAUGAGCCAGCAGGUGUCCCUGUCUGUGACCGCUGGUUGUCUCUGCCUGAUGAGGUGUGGCUGUCCAUCCUGUCUCUGCUGCCUCACAGUGAUCUGUGCAGAGUGCUGCAGGUCUGCAACCGCCUGCACACACUGGCCACUGAUCACUCACUCUGUGAGUCAGCCCGCUGCAAUGAACUCAAGGUCACAAGUUGCACUGGUCCUUGUCUCCAUGGGGACCAGACAUUGCCUCUGAUUGGUCAGCUGUGUCAUCAUGUGACCAGUGUGGACGUGAGCUGGAGUGGAGCAACAGACACAGGAGUGAAAGCUCUGAGUGACUGCUGCCCUGGGUUGCGGCUAAAAUCUGUUGUCCUGAACGGCUGUCAUGUCACUGAUGACCCACUGAUGAAACUCGUCAUGAGGCACAAAGAAACUCUGUGCAGAUUGGAGGUCUUUGGCUGUCAGUUCCUUACUCCAUCCUGUCUACAGACAGUAUAUGAGAUGUGUCCUGGCCUUCAGCAUCUUAACAUCGGACAGGUGCCAAAAGUCAACACACACAGUCUCACAGUGAUGACAUCACAGCUCAAAUGCCUCAUUUCACUAAAUCUCACUGGACUACAUGUGAUUACUGAUGCCGCAGUGGACACUUUGCUUCAGAACUGUGUCGAACUUCAGAGUUUGACCUUCAGUUCCUGCCCUGGAGUCACUGACCUGACACUGCACAGCAUCCGCAAAUACACACCUUGUAUCAGAUCUCUGGACGUGAGUGGCUGUAAGGCAGUAACAGAUGCAGGAGUUAAAUCUCUAGCUCUGGGAUGUAGAAGACUUCAGCAACUAGAUCUCAGCUCCACUGGCACAGGAAACAGAGGGGUUACUCUGCUGGCAAAUUACUGCAGCAGAUACCUCCGUACUGUCAAACUCAGUUUCUGCCACAUCACCUUAGAGAAUAUACUGAAGCUCUGCAGAUGCUGCAAGAGGUUGAAGGUGCUGCAUCUCUACGGCUGUGCCCAUCUCCCCGCUGAGAGAGAGAUCAGAGAGGUUAAUGCUACUGUUAAAGUUUACCCUCUGUCCUGACUCACACACAAACAUCUGCACACAACUGGACAGAUACACACAACAUAUUGAAGUGCAAAAUGUAACUAUGAGUAAAAGUAUGCAAUAAAGAAGC